AUGUACGCUUCACCCACUCUAGACAGCAUUGACGGCGAGGUGGCCAUUCGGAAGCCGGAGUACGUUUCUUGUGGAAUUGGGAAGCCAUCACAUGGUGUACAAAAGCUUAUCAAAAGUCUGGAUCUCGCAAAACACCAGGAAGGCGGGUAUUUCAAAGAGACAGACAGAUCGCCGUUCUAUAUGGAAAGCCCUUACUAUCCAGGACACAACAGGGGAAAUGCUCAAAAGAAAAUUACUCCUCACAGAAAUACCUCAACCUUAAUACACUAUUUAUUGACUUGCGAUGCCUAUAUGGGCAGGCUCCAUAAAAACCAUUCGCGAAUAAUUCACAUUCUACAAAGAGGCCGUGGCCAAUACGUUUUGGUGUACCCUGACGGGACGAUAAAAUCGUUUGUUGUUGGCUUUGAUGUAGAAAAGGGAGAGGUGACUCAAUGGGUAGUCCCUGGAGAGGUGUACAAGGCAUCAUUUUUGCUACCGUUGAACGGCGAGCCAUCUGCUGACGACCAUUUGCUGAUCAGCGAGGUUGUGGUUCCAGGGUUUGAGUUUGACGAUCAUAGGUUCAUGCAAAGCUACGAUGAGCUGAAGGCGCUGGUUGGAGACCGUGCCGAGGAGCUUAAAUGGCUACUGGAAGCCAACUGA